AUGUCAAUCAAGGCGACACCUGUCAUCACAACUGGUAUUCACGAGGAGAUUGGGCGUGCCGUUAUAGAUCAGUUGAAGCCUGAAUAUGAAGUCAUCCACUUGGCCCUGCUUUCCAACGUCGAGAAUGAACUCCCCUUUCUCCUGAAAAAUCAGGCCCCGCCCAGCCCCAGCAGCUCCCUGGGCACGGGGAACUGGGAUUCCCCGCCGAGGGCGAUCCUCUUCGGCGGCGGUUACACGGACGAGAUCAUCAGCCGCCUCCAGGAGCUCGCCGCGAGCACCGAAGGGGCGAGACAAAUCCCCUGGCUCAGGGUCGACGCCGCCAAGGUGGGGCUGACGCCGGGCUCUCCGGAGUUCAUCAUCGCCAUCACCAAGAAAUUCAAGGCAGAAUUGGAACGCCUGAAGACGGAGGGGAGGCUUGAGGAUGAUGGUAAAGACCACGGUGGUGUGGUCUGGGUUUAAUCCCGGGAGGCUGUGGUGUGCGAAUAAGCAGGGAUGAGACCAUUGCCUUCAAAUUCCUCAGAUCGCGAGUUUACAUAUGGAAAUAUGGAAACCCUGUCGC